AUGGCGACACCCAUAGUGACAGCAGUCAGAGCAGCAAUGAAAGGUAAAAUACAGACACAUUUAUAUUGAACGUUCUUUUUAAAGUAUUGUCACGUUGGCUGUAAAAGGUGAAGUCAUUUACGUAACCAACGUCACAGUAUGAUGGCUAACAGAGGUCAUUUCUCCUCAGUGUAUGGCGGUCUCAGACUGUGCCCUAACAUGAACUCAGAGCAAGAGUCAUUUCAUUGACAUGAAAACAUCUUUUCCUCCUCAGGUGUGCACCUUUUCCCGCUCCUGACACAGAGGAGUCACACUGCGACAGCGUGCCAGUGUUUGCGGCUGAAUGCUGCUCGGUGUCGGCCUCUUCAUGUCUCUUCAGCUGCCUCCCUGUGCAGCUCCAGGACGGAGCCUCAGAGGAGCACCCAGCCUCACAGCAGAGCCAGCACCCAGACAGGUGAUCAGAGAGCAGGUGAGGAGGAGGAGGAACCAGAGGGGCCUGAAUACAUUCCCAAGAGGAAGGCAAAGAACCCCAUGAUGGCGAUCGGCUUCGCCUGGUCAGUGCACUCUCUACCCUCAUGUCUUACAGAUAGAUUAGAAAUGAGCAAAGACACCUCUGUGUCACACCUGUAUGUACCUGACUGUACUAUGAGGAGUGAUCCGAUUUAAGAACCCAUUAACCAUUUAAUGGUUUGGCUGAAAUAUUCAUAUUAAAACAAUAGUUAACAGCUUUGCAGCGGUAUUAGCAGGAGUGGAAAGAGUAGGGGAGAGUGGGGUAAGAUGAGCCAUUUUUUCACAUUUCGGAUCACUACGUCACUAAAUUCACUUUCAAGAGUGAAAAAUGUUUUCACAUGAUCAAUUUCUUUUACCAUUACCAACAACAGGGGGUGGCUCAACUUACUCUUUGGCUCAACUUACCCCACUCUCCCCUACUAAAAUUUUCUACUUAAGUAAAAAUACAGUUACUUUAAUGGUAUUUUAAUUUAACUACCAGCCUGGUGAUAUACUCAAGUAAAAGAAAACUGUGCUUCAUUUGCAAUGUACUUGAAGUAAAGUUACUUCAAACCUAUGGUAGUGGGGUUGGUGUUAAGAUUUUCCUCCUUGAACUAUGCAAAAUCAGGCCUCCUGGAUUAGGUGUCGUCAGUGUGUGAAGUAAUUCUGAGUCUGCUCCUUUCCAGAGAGAAGUAACCUAAUAAUUUUGCAGCAUCUUUUGUAGUUAUUGCACUCUGUAGAUGGCUCCCGUACAUUUAAGUUAUAGCUGGCUGUGCAGAGGGGCCUAUGAAGAGGAGCCAAAAAUAAAAACUUUAUUGGUUGUAACAAGUAAAAAAAUGCUGUCAAAGCAGCAUGCAUUUUUUUCAAAAAGUUUUUUAAAAAGUAAUGAUUUUAAAAGCAACUUAAAAAGUACACCUAAAAGCCACUCGGCUACAGUAACAUAGAUAAUUGUAAAUAUAUCCAUGUAGAUUCUCAUUCAUCCAGGUCAUGGUUUUCUUGAAGACUCCAAAAUCAGGCAACUGGACUGUGUAGAGUUGAGAAGACGUUUCGCCCCUUAUCCAAAAAGCUUCUUCAGUUCUAAUUAUUGCUAGUGUGAGGAGCAGAUAUUUAUCUUACUGGAGAAGGGGACAGACAACGACUGGGAGGAGUUGGAAAAAAUGGAUUAUUGGAUAAGAGGUGAAACGUCUUCUCAACUCUACACAGUCCAGUUGCCUGAGUUUGGAGUCUUCAAGAUCAUUGUAAAUAGUGUUUUUCAAACUCCUGGUAAUGUCUUAUAAUAGUUUAUAGUGAGCAUAACUAGAGUUGCAGAUAUUAUCCUUACAGUAUUUUUUUUACCAAGUUGGUGGGGCUGAAAUGACUGCAUAAGGUUGUUUUUGGUUUACUGCAAGACAGCAGACUGAAUUACUUUGUGAAGUUAUCCUUGUUUUUUGGUAGCUGGUAAAAGUGCACGUCUAACAAGGGAGUAAAGGACCGUAAAUACAUAUUAGAAAUUCUCCUACAGUAUGCAGCCUCAGUGUUUAACGAGUACGCUAUGCAUUAGGUUUUAAAGGGCGUUAAACUUUCCUGACCUUGAGAGUUUGAGAUUUAGCAGGACUACUGUGUAGCACUGCAUUAUUUUUGGAGAAGAACAUUUGAAGAAUUGACUUCUGGUUUGAAAAACUAAAUAACUCUGAAUCUCUCUCUCCUACAGGAUGAUCGGCCUCCCCACAGGUAUCAUUGGCUUCCUAUUGGCCAAGAGGGAAGUGGACAAGAACCGCCUGAAGCAGCUGAAGAUUCGACAGAGGAUGAAAAGGUCAAAUGAGGGAGAGUACGAGGGCAGUCGCUACCACCAUCAUCUUGCAGAAGACGUCAAACUGGACAGAUAA